AUGGAAGAGGAGGCCCGGCCGCCCCUGCUCCCGGUGCGCAUCCCGAUGAACGGCGAGGACCUGGCCCCUGCCGCCCCCGGCGCGUGCGCCGUCGGCGGCGGCAGGGCGGAGAUCGACACCUCGGCGCCGUUCGAGUCCGUGCGGGAGGCCGUCGACCGCUUCGGCGGCAGCGCCGCCUGGAGCUCCCACCUCGUCAACCGCAUCUUCGCGCACCACAAGGUCAGUCCGACCUCCUCCUCCCCGAUUCCAACCUUCUCGCCGCGGCUCACCAUGGCCCGAUUUACAUUCUUGGCGGAGGAAAGGAACCGAGCCAAGCAGAACCAGACUGUGUGCAUGGGGACUGAAGACGAGCAAUGCGCCAAUCUGGCGGAGCAGACCGCGCAGAUAGAGAAGGAGCUCGGCGCCAAGGAGAGGGAGACGCUCGAUGUGCUCAAGCAGCUCGAGUCCGCCAAGAGGAUCAUCGCAGAUUUGAAGCUCAAGAUUCAGAAGAAAACAGCUGAAGAUGCAUUGCAAGCUGAAGAAGAGAAGCAGCAGCAUCCAGAGAGCAACUGCUCUCUCACUCAAUUGUCCACAGCAGAACCUGAAGUGAAGCAGCCCGAAGGAAACGCUGAAGCUGCAGAAGAAGUGCAGAUAACAGAGCCUGAAGUGAAGCAGCAGCCUGAGGAAAAUGCAAAUUCUGGAGCUGAUGUGGACAUGUGUGCCGGUCUAGACGAACAAGAGCAGCAGCAGCAGCAUCCUAACUUGGUUCUGAUGGAGCUCGAGCAGGCAAAGUCGAACCUGAACAGAACCACGGGUGAUCUCGCUGCCAUCAGAGCCUCCAUCGAGUCGCUGCGUCAUGACAUAGCGACGGAGAAAGUCUUGGUGGAGAGGAGCCGGGCGAAGGUGUCCUCGGAUGCCACCUUGGUUUCUUCUCUGAAGGAGGAGCUGGAUCAGACCACGAAGAAGCUGCAGACGCUGAAGGAUCUGCAGAGAAGGCGCGAGGAUCCCUCGGACAUCUUCUUCGAGAUCAAGAGGAUGACUUCAGAGAUAGAGCAGCUCAGGAAUGCAGCAAAUGCGUCGAAGUCUGAAGCCAUGAUGUUAGCUGCCGAGAUUGAGCAGACCAAGGCUACCAUCGGCACUGCUGAAGUGAGAUGUCUUGCUGCCAAGAAGAUGGAAGAAGCAGCAAGGGCAGCCGAAGCUCUUGCACUAGCUGAGAUCAAGGCCCUACUCUGCAGUGAAGCCUCAGCUGAAGACCUCCAGGGCACAGAUGGAGUGAUCCUUUCAGUGGAAGAGUACUCCGAGCUUGCUUCGAAGGCUCGAGAGGUCGAUGAAAGCUCAAGGAACAAGAUUGCAGCUGCCAUGGUUCAUGUAGACGAAGCCAACCAAUCAAAGUCAGAGUCACUCACAAGGCUAGAGGAAGCCAAAAUGGAGGUUGAGGAGUGUAAGAAGGCACUGCAAGAGGCCCUGAAGAGGGUAGAGACUGCCAACCGAAGAAAGUUUGCGGUGGAAGAGACCCUUCGCCGAUGCCGGUCCGAGACCGGACACAAGAGGCGCUCAUUCCGUGGCUCCCCCAAGUUCAAAACUGCAGCACAUCGUCACAGAGAUGAUUCUCACUGCAUGGACAUCGUCGAUGUUUCAGACAACUCCAUGAAGCCGACACUGUCGAUCGGGCAGAUACUGAGUAUGAAGCUAAUGGGGCCUGAUGGGUACGACAAGAGCGUGUCGGAUGACACGAGUACGAGUGAAACUUCUAGUGUCUCCCUUGGCCAGAUCCUGAACAGGAGGCAGGCAAUCUUGACUUAUAGCAGUGAUACAAGUGCUAACAAGAAAUUCUCCGGAAAGAGGAAGAAGUUUGCCUUCACUGGACUUUCAGUUUUCUUGGCAAAGCAGGCCAAGAGCAAGAAAAAGAGAGGGUCAGAUGAGAACUGA